GACAAAAGGAUCUCAGCAGGAAAAAAUACAAUUACAUGCGAUCCACGGCUCAUCAGCUAGCCUGUAGACUCCUAACCAAGCCCCAAAGCUUUAUGUGAAUACCUUCGGCUACCUUCUCCAGCUUGCUCCUGUUUGUGUAAAGGGUCUUUUCAUAUGCAAAAGAAGGAGGAGGGGGGAGUGUCUUAUUUGCCACUUGCAGUGGGCUUUCCAGCUACCUUUUCAACAGAGCCAAACUGAGAGCUUCUAAAUACCUUCUUUAUUGUGGUCAAGGUGUGAAGUAGUUCCAGGUUUGCACAAUGAGUGAGUUGGAACAGUUACGACAAGAAGCAGAACAACUGCGAAAUCAAAUCAGAUGCUCUGUGGGAUAUAGAAACUGGACAGCAGACCACAACCUUCACUGGACACACUGGAGAUGUGAUGAGUCUGUCUUUGAGUCCUGAUAUGAGAACGUUUGUUUCUGGUGCUUGUGAUGCUUCCUCCAAACUGUGGGACAUCAGAGAUGGGAUGUGCAGACAAUCCUUCACUGGACAUGUCUCUGAUAUCAACGCAGUCUGUUUCUUUCCCAAUGGUCAUGCAUUCGCUACUGGCUCCGAUGAUGCUACCUGUCGGUUGUUUGAUCUGCGUGCUGACCAAGAGCUGAUGAUGUACUCUCACGAUAACAUCAUUUGUGGCAUCACUUCAGUAGCUUUUUCCAAAAGUGGUCGCCUCCUGCUAGCUGGAUAUGAUGACUUCAAUUGCAAUGUAUGGGACACAUUGAAAGGAGAACGAGCAGGUGUCCUUGCUGGUCACGAUAACCGCGUAAGCUGUUUAGGUGUAACAGACGACGGCAUGGCGGUAGCUACAGGAUCAUGGGACAGUUUUCUCAGAAUCUGGAAUUAACUUGGGGAUGGGGAAAUCAGUCUUGUAAAUUCUCCACUGAGAUCUGGAGAGGUCAAUGCUGCAGCCUAUAGCUGUGAAAUAACAUUUCUACCUUGUAUUUGCAGGUGAAGUUUUUUCUAUUCACUGAUUAUUAUUACACAAAAGGCUUUCUUUAAACUAGUAACAAUCAAGUAAGUCAUAAUGGUUUAAAGGGGAAAGAUCAUUGGUGGCAAUUUAAAGGGGGCUAGCACACGGGAUCAUGGUGACAGAAUCCAGGAGCCAGUCUUUGUUUUGUGGUUUGGUUAAGUUGUUUUAACUUUUUUGCUGCUGGCAAAGUUUGUUUUAAUGACAGACCUUUACAGCAGCCAUUAGGUUAAAGGAUUUCUGCUUUGUGCUCAAAGUCUGCUGAGUCUGUACUUUUUUUUUUGUACAUAACUGAAUGUACACACUAUAGCAGCUAAUCAUGUAAUGUUUGUAUGUAAAAAAGCAAAACACAAAAAAAAAUAUUGAAAUGAUGCCUUUUUUUUAUUUAAAGAAUACGAAUUGUAGCUAUGAACACCACAAUAGUUUAGUGAUGGAUGUACUUUGUGGUUUUCAUUUUUUGUGAACUUGCUGUGGAUGAAAUGAAAAUAUAUAUAUGUAGUAUACCAUCACAUUAGACAUGCCAAUUAGUGAAUUUAUUUUAUUGACCUUGUUCUUCUCACGCCGUUUGUAUGGAUAUGUGACCUUUUAUUCUUCCUUGGAAUGGAGCAUAGUGGCUCUGUCCUGUACAGUAUAAUACUGAAACUUUUUUUUCUCCAGUCCUAAUGUGCCCCCCUAUAAGUGUAAAUUCACUAGUCGGUUCCCAAGUCAUGAAUGAACUAGUAUGAAAUGAUAACUUUUUCAUCUACCUGCAUUAAGAAAGUAACUUCUACAGUUAUAUCCGUGUAUUUUCAAAACCAGAUGGAUUUUCCUGAUUUUAGUCAAAGAACAUGGAAGUCUAUAGGUUCAGUGUAUCAGAAUAUUUAACAGAUUAGCAAAUACUCUAAAAACGUAAUCAUACUGAAUCUUAAGGAAAUUUCUUCGACACAAGAAAUGCGAAAGUGUCAUAUCUUGUACUACAUACAUAAAAACAUGUCAGGUGUGAAUGCUUGUUGAAUAAAACAUCUAAAGCAAAGUCUCGGACUGUUAAGACAGUGAAAUAACAUUGUAGCUCAUUUGCAAGUUGUAGUUAUUUUACUGCAGAGAAAUUGAGGAUCUGUUCGCAGAAUGUUGCAAUUAGAAUCCCUAGAAGAAGAAUUUGAUUUUUGUCAUACUUGAGUAAAGCAUGGCAAACCAAUUCAUUCCUAGAAGUGUGAAGUGCCCUUAAAAUAUUUUAACUGUUGGCCUUGCAAGAUUAUCCACACACACACUUUUUCGAUUUUAGGGUUACCAGGUUUCUGGUGUAAAAUCAGUUAUACAAAUGUACAAUCUCCAGGUUAAACAUAACAAACCGUGGUUUCAAGUGGCAGAAUUUUAUUAUUGUAGCUGAAGAUCUGCAUGGAACAUCUGUAACCUGGGACUUGCUAUCUAGAUUAGAUUCUAAAACGCCUUAAAGAUAAUGUUCUCAUGUUAAAGCUCUUAUUAAACUUUUAGAACACUUUAAAUAUUGCUAGUGAUAGCAAAUGGGGCAAGCUAUAAAUUACACACACUCUCCAUGGACACCUUUGUGCCAAAGCACCUUUACCACUUUGUGAAUUGAAACUUCUAAUGUUGUAUGAAAUGCUCCUUUUUUAAGAUUUUAAACUCUAUUUGUUUUCUGUGCCAUGUUUACACUCCUGAAUGUGCCAAUAUAUAACACUUUUAUACAGGACCCUCUGUAUUUUCUUUGAGAGUAUGAAGGACCAAAAAGUGGUUGCCACAGUUACGUUUCAUUUUGUGCCAGAUUUUUUUUUUUUUACACUCUAAGAAUGCCAAUAGUGAUUGUGUUACUGAAUCUUCAUGCAGUACUGUAAUUACUCAAAGUAAUACCUGUAUAGUAUCCUGGUGAGCAGAACUUUGAGAUCAAACAGAUUGUGUACCAUCUUUGUUUAAGUUUACCUUCUAUGACACUUAACCAAGCUUCAAAUGUGUGUCCACUUUUUAUUCUGGCAUUGCAAAUUUAGAGGUCAUAAACUUUUUUUUUUUUUUUUUUAGCUUAUGUUAAAAGGUUGAUUUGGUUCUGAGAUAAGCUUUUAAGUUCUUGAAAUCUGAUUCUUAAUGUGAUCAGGUUUGUACAUUUCCGAUUCUGGCCAGAGCACUUUUUUUUUCCUUGGGUUAAACAGUUUUGAGGUAUAUAAUUGUAAAAUAAAUAAGCUGCUAUAGCAACAUAGCCCAGUUUAUUAUUUGCUGUUAUGUCCCUUUGUGCAGGAUUUCUUUAUUCUACUGUGACUUGCUAAAGAACAUUUGACAUCUUGCUCUUGACCGUUCUUUCUGUCGAUACCUGAGUUUUUAUUAAUACACUAAUUGUGCCAGCUACACAGUAUUUGUUAUGUAUUGUGACUUAUUACAGUACUUGCUUCAUUUACAAGAUACCAAUAUUGCCAAAAAGACAUUUGACUUCCGAGGUAUGUUCUUUUAGUACAAAUUUAACCUUCAUGAUUGGUGGGAUUUUAAUGUGCCAGUAUAUGAAUCGUUUGUAAUCCAACAUAUAUAUUUGCCAAUAUUAUUUACCUCCAUUUGUAAGUAUAUUGCCAGUGGCAUAUCUUGAAGUUACCUCAUUUUAAUGCAGUUAUAUUAUGUUCGGAGGUAUUAAUGGCACGUCACAAAUGCAUUAUAUUUUUUGCAUUACUCGUAAUGCAUGUUCUAAAAUUUUAGGUCAAUGAAGAAACAGUUACUUAUGUAGACUCCUGUAAAUGGACUAUGCCAGUUCUAAAAUAGUACUGAAUUUUAAAGUAUGUAUAACUAAGACCUGCAAAAAUGCAAAAUAAGCAGGUGGGUGGCCAUGCUCUCAUCUAAAUUGAAAUUGUAGAGUGCCUAACCCAUAUCUCAUUUGAUAUCAUUUUUAUAGGCUGAACGUAUAGCUUGCAUUUCCCCACAUGUGCACCUAUUCAUCAGACAAAAAUCCCCAUGCUUUACAGAAAAUGCUAAUUGCUCAUUACAUUCCAACAUUUGAAUGAAGGACAGUUUCUGCAGGGCUUAGUACCGUGUGCUAACAUUUCUCACAGGCUCAAACUAAUUUAAAUUAUUUCACAUGAUUUUCUCAAAUGGCAGAGUUAGUUUUCAUAUCAUUUCCAUGUAAAAUAAAUAAAUAAAUAAAAAAAUAGCAUGGGUUUGUGGUGCACUUUGUAACCUGGCAUGCAUGCUGGUGAAAAUUCUUCCUAAUCUUUAGAGGCACCAUGAGCCUUGUCUUUUCUUUUUUUUUCUUUUAUCCAAUUGCUGGUUGUAUAAAAUACAUGCAGAAUGUUAAUGCAGUGUUGUAUGGUAAUAUGUGCAAACAGUGUUAAUGAUUGAUAUAACCUGAUACCACAUUACAUGUGCCUCACAAAUUCUUCUACCACACAGUAUGCUAGGUUUUGAAUACUGCAGACUUCAGUGGAGACUAGUUUUAGAUCUUUACAGCCUCUUUUGCUUUCUUUACAUAGUGGUGCUUACUCCUGUGUGUUUCUCCAUUGGGGGGGGGGGGGGGGACAAUAAACAUUAAAAAACAAGAAAAAGAAAAAAAAAGCAUUUAACACAAGUUAUUACAGUUUAUAUCCAUAGAAGUUGAAAAUUAAACUUGCUUUUGAAGGAACAUAGUUUCAUUGCUGUAAUAUAACACUUAAAAAUGAGAAAACUCUAGCACAUUCAUUUUAUACCAUUUUUACUCCUAUGUUGCGGACUUUGACAAAAGGCUUUAUAAAUAUCUCUUAUGAAUUCUGCACUGCCUUUUGGAUUGUGUAUGUAUUGAAACUGUCUUAAAGGUUUUAAGCCAAUUAAAAACCAGGGACAUGCCAUGCUUUUUUUUUCUUUUAACAGUUGCUGUUGUAUAAAAAAAUGAUUUCCCUGUGAAAUAAUCACUUGCUAUAAACGUUUUGUUUAUAUUUUUCCACAAUUGAUUUUUUUUUCUUUGUAUUUGUACAGUGGCUCAGUGAAACCAAUAUGUUGCCAUGAAUUGAUAUUGUAACCAAUAAAAAGUGCUUUUAACCAGA